GGAAGCGGCGCAGCCCCCCACCCCACGCCAUGGCUCGCUGGUUCCCCACCAAAAGACAGAAAUACGGAGUCGCAAUCUACAAUUACAAUGCAUCCCAAGACGUGGAGCUGUCUUUGCAGAUUGGAGACACAGUCCACAUCCUGGAGAUGUACGAAGGUUGGUUCAGAGGAUACACGCUGAGGAAUAAGGCUAAAAAGGGGAUUUUCCCUGAAACAUACAUCCAUUUGAAGGAGGCCACCGUAGAGGAUCGAGGGCAACAUGAGACCGUGAUUCCCAGUGAGGCGCCACUGGUGCAGGAACUCACAUCCACCCUUCGAGAAUGGGCAGUCAUCUGGCACAAACUCUACGUGAACAACAAGGUCACCCUCUUCCGGCAGCUGCAGCAAAUGACCUACAGCCUGAUUGAGUGGAGGUCUCAGAUCCUGUCAGGGACCCUCCCCAAGGAUGAGCUGGCCGAGCUCAAGAAGAAGGUCACAGCCAAGAUUGAUCACGGCAACAGGAUGCUUGGACUUGACCUCGUGGUACGAGAUGACAAUGGAAACAUUUUGGAUCCCGAUGAGACCAGCACGAUUGCCCUGUUCAGGGCCCACGAAGUGGCCUCCCAGAGGAUUGAAGAAAGGAUCCAAGAAGAGAAGUCCAUCCUACAGAAUCUGGACUUGCGGGGCCAGUCAAUCUUCAACACGAUGCACACCUACUGUCUCUAUGUCAACUUCAAGAACUUUGUCUGCAAUAUUGGGGAGGAUGCUGAGCUGCUCAUGGCCCUCUAUGACCCUGAUCAGUCCAGAUUUAUCAGUGAGAACUACCUAAUCCGCUGGGGCAGCAAUGGGAUGCCGAAGGAGAUCGAGAAGCUCAACAACCUUCAGGCUGUCUUCACUGAUCUCAGCAGCACUGAUCUCAUCCGGCCCAAGAUCAGCCUCGUGUGCCAGAUCGUCCGCGUGGGCCACAUGGAGCUCAAGGAGGGAAAGAAGCACACCUGUGGCCUUCGCAGGCCUUUUGGGGUUGCAGUGAUGGAUAUUACCGAUAUCAUACACGGGAAGGUUGAUGAUGAAGAAAAACAACACUUCAUUCCCUUUCAGCAGAUUGCUAUGGAAACCUACAUCCGACAGAGGCAACUUAUCAUGUCACCCCUGAUAACCUCCCACGUGAUCGGGGAGAAUGAGCCCCUCACGUCGGUCCUAAAUAAAGUGAUCGGAGCCAAGGAAGUGAAUCAUAAAGGACAAGGUCUUUGGGUUUCUCUGAAGCUACUCCCUGGUGACCUCACACAAGUACAGAAAGAUUUCUCACACUUGGUUGACAGGACCACAGCCAUUGCCCGAAAAAUGGGUUUCCCUGAAAUCAUCCUUCCAGGUGAUGUUAGGAAUGACAUCUAUGUCACCCUGAUCCAUGGAGAGUUUGACAAAGGGAAAAAGAAGACACCAAAGAAUGUCGAGGUGACCAUGUCCGUGUAUGAUGAGGACGGCACAUUGCUUGAGAAAGCUAUUCAUCCAGGUGCUGGCUAUGAAGGUAUUUCGGAAUACAAGUCUGUUGUCUAUUACCAAGUCAAACAGCCCUGCUGGUAUGAAACGGUCAAGGUAUCUAUUGCAAUUGAAGAGGUCACCCGUUGUCAUCUAAGAUUUACUUUCCGGCACAGGUCAUCUCAGGAAUCCAGAGAUAAAUCUGAAAGAGCUUUUGGGGUGGCCUUUGUAAAGCUGAUGAACCCAGAUGGAACUACAUUGCAGGAUGGGAGGCAUAACCUGGUAGUGUAUAAGGGGGAUAAUAAGAAAAUGGAAGAUGCUAAAUUCUACCUGACCCUGCCCAGCACAAAGAUAGAGAUGGAAGACAAGGAUUUCUCCCCAGGCAAAAACACGCACUUGGCCAACUUCACCCCAACCAAAGACAGCACAAAGGACAGCUUCCAAAUCGCCACCCUUAUUUGCUCCACAAAACUGACCCAGAAUGUUGACCUGUUGGGGUUGUUAAAUUGGCGUUCCAAUUCCCAGAACAUCAAACACAACUUAAAGAAGCUAAUGGAGGUGGAUGGAGGAGAAAUUGUAAAGUUCCUACAAGAUACACUCGAUGCACUUUUUAACAUAAUGAUGGAGAUGUCCGACAACGAAACCUAUGAUUUCCUUGUAUUUGAUGCACUGGUAUUUAUUAUCUCGCUGAUAGGAGACAUAAAGUUCCAGCAUUUUAAUCCUGUACUUGAAACCUACAUUUACAAACACUUCAGUGCCACCUUGGCAUAUGUGAAACUCACCAAAGUAUUGAAUCAUUAUGUGGGUAAUGCUGAGGACUCCAGCAAGACCGAUUUGCUUUUUGCUGCCUUAAAAGCCUUGAAGUACCUCUUCAGAUUUAUUGUCCAGUCCCGUGUCCUGUACCUGAGAUUUUAUGGUCAAAGUGAAGAUGGGGAUGAAUUUAACAAUGCAAUUCGCAAGCUGUUUCUCUCCUUUAAUAACCUAAUGGACAGACCCCUGGAAGAGGCUGUUAAGAUCAAGGGCGCGGCUCUGAAGUACCUUCCCAAUAUAAUUAAUGAUGUCAAGAUGGUGUUUGAUCCUGUUGAACUCAGCAUCCUCUUCAGCAAAUUCAUCCAAAGCAUUCCUGAUAACCAGCUGGUCCGACAGAAGCUGAACUGUAUGACCAAGAUAGUAGAGAGUAACCUCUUCCACCAGACAGAGUGCAGAGAUGCUCUGCUCCCCCUGCUCAUUGACCAGCUCAGUGGCCAGCUCGAUGACAAGUCCAACAAGCCUGACCACGAGGCAAGCUCACAGCUCCUCAGCAACAUCCUGGAAGUGCUGGACAGGAAGGAUGUGGGCUCCACCUCAACGCACAUCCGGCUGAUCAUGGAGCGCCUCUUAAGGAGAAUCAAUCGGACUGUGAUUGGGAUGAGCCGGCAGUCUCCCCACAUCGGCAGCUUUGUCGCUUGCAUGACCGCCAUCCUCCGGCAGAUGGACGAUUUCCACUAUAACCACUAUAUCAGCACUUUCAAGACCAGGCAGGAUAUCAUUGACUUCCUGAUGGAAACCUUCAUCAUGUUCAAGGAUCUCAUUGGGAAGAAUGUGUAUCCCCCAGACUGGAUGGUUAUGAAUAUGAUGCAGAACAGGGUUUUUCUGCGGUCUAUAAACCUAUUUGCUGAAGUUCUCACAAAGUUCUUCAUGGACCAGGCAAGCUUUGAACUCCAGCUCUGGAAUAAUUAUUUCCACUUGGCUGUCGCGUUCCUCACCCACGAAUCCCUUCAGCUGGAAACCUUCUCUCAAGCCAAGCGCACCAAAAUGGUCAAGAAAUAUGGGGAUAUGAGAAAGGAAAUCGGCUUUAGAAUCCGAGAUAUGUGGUACAAUCUGGGACCCCAUAAGAUCAAGUUCAUCCCCUCCAUGGUGGGUCCCAUCUUGGAGGUGACCUUGACACCGGAGACAGAGCUCCGGAAGGCCACAAUCCCUAUCUUCUUCGACAUGAUGCAGUGUGAGUUCAAUUUCAGUGGAAAUCACAACUUCCAGAUGUUUGAGAAUGAGCUGAUCACAAAGUUAGACCAGGAGGUGGAAGGAGGCCGGGGUGACGAACAGUACAAAGUCCUGCUGGAGAAGCUGCUCCUAGAACACUGUCGCAAACACAAAUACCUGGCCAGCUCUGGAGAAGUCUUUGCCCUCCUGGUCAGCAGCCUCUUGGAAAACCUGCUGGAUUACAGGACCAUCAUGCACGAUGAAAGCAAAGAGAAUCGCAUGAGCUGUACGGUCAACGUGUUGAAUUUCUAUAAGGAAAAGAAGAGAGAGGACAUUUACAUAAGGUACUUGUACAAGCUUCGGGACCUGCAUCGGGACUGUGAGAACUACACGGAGGCCGCCAAUACCCUUCUGCUGCACGCGGAGCUCCUCCAGUGGUCAGAUAAGCCCUGUGUGCCCCACUUGCUCCAGAGGGACAGCUACCAUGUCUAUUCCCAACAGGAGCUCAAAGAGAAGUUGUACCAAGAAAUCAUCUCGUACUUUGACAAGGGCAAAAUGUGGGAGAAAGCCAUCAAACUCAGCAAGGAGUUGGCCGAGACUUACGAGAGCAAAGUGUUUGACUACGAGGGGCUUGGCAACCUCCUGAAAAAACGAGCCUCGUUUUAUGAGAACAUCAUUAAAGCAAUGAGGCCCCAGCCAGAAUACUUUGCUGUCGGUUACUAUGGACAAGGCUUCCCGUCAUUUCUUCGGAACAAAAUCUUCAUCUAUCGAGGAAAGGAGUAUGAGCGAAGGGAAGACUUCAACCUGAAGCUGCUGACUCAGUUUCCCAAUGCAGAGAAGAUGACCAGUACAACCCCCCCAGGAGAGGAAAUCAAGUCAUCUCCCAAACAGUAUAUGCAGUGCUUCACAGUGAAGCCGGUGAUGAACCUACCUCCGAAUUACAAGGACAAACCCGUGCCAGAGCAGAUCUUGAAUUACUAUAGGGCCAACGAGGUUCAGCAGUUCCAACACUCCCGGCCCUUUCGGAAAGGAGAAAAGGAUCCCGACAAUGAGUUUGCAACCAUGUGGAUCGAGAGGACCACCUAUACCACCGCCUACACCUUUCCUGGGAUUCUCAAGUGGUUUGAAGUCAAGCAGGUUACCACGGAAGAAAUCAGCCCCUUGGAGAACGCCAUCGAGACGAUGGAGCUCACCAAUGAGAAGAUAAGCAACAGCGUCCAACAGCACGCCUGGGACCGCUCGCUCUCCCUACACCCACUCUCCAUGCUACUCAACGGCAUCGUAGACCCGGCUGUCAUGGGUGGAUAUUCCAACUACGAAAAGGCCUUUUUCACGGAGAAGUACCAGCAGGAGCACCCGGAGGACCAGGAGAAGGUUGAGCUGCUCAAACGCCUGAUUGCCUUACAGAUGCCCCUGCUUGGAGAGGGCAUCCGACUUCAUGGGGAGAAGCUAACGGAGCAGCUGAAGCCCCUGCAUGAUCGGCUCACCACCUGUUUCCGGGAGCUCAGGGAGAAGGUGGAGAAACUCUAUGGAGUCAUAACUCUGCCUCCCACCUUGACGGAGAGGAAGCAGAGCAGGACGGGGUCGGUGGUGCUGCCGUACAUCAUGUCUUCCACCCUACGGCGAUUGUCCGUCACCUCGGUGGCAUCCUCGGUGGUCUCCACUUCUUCCACCUCCUCAGAUAGCACCCCCUCCAGGCCAGGAUCCGAUGGGUCCAUUCUGGAGCCCCUGCUAGAACGGCGAGCUUCGUCAGGGGCCAAAGUGGAAGAUGUGUCCCUCAGAGAAGACAGUGAUAAUCGGAUCAGCAAGUUCAAGAGGAAAGACUGGAACAUUAGCAAAUCUCAGGUCAUCGCGGAGAGAGAGCCGGAAGCUGACCUGCUGAGCCCUGCUAGCAAGGUACAAAGACCCAAGAGUCUCCAGCUAGUGGACAGUCGGCUGACCUUGUUGCAAGGCUCCCCCCUGCCUUCCUCUAUGGCCCUGAGCCCACCGCCACUGACCCCGAAAACACCCAGGACCCAAAGCUCUCCAACAUUGCAGGUAGAUGGGCUGAUGUCUUCUGGUGCAAAGACAGUCCCGCCCCCACCCCCUCCCAAGAGCAAGCCCUAUGAGACCGGCAGCCAGAGGAACUCGGCAGAGGUUGCACCCCCGCUUCCUGUCCGUCGAGAAGCCAAGGGCCCACCACCUCCACCUCCCAAGGCCCGCAAGUCCGGAGUGCUCUCAUCGGAGCCAGGAUCACAAUGAAGACCCUGCUCUUCCUCAGUCCUUGUCUAGUAUUUUGGGAGCUGCCAACAUGGACAGCCUGUCUCAAGACCAGCCUCCAAAAGGCAAUGGCGCCAUUGCCCUAGUUUUCCAUCCCCUCUCAUCUGAGAUGACCUUGAACCCGGAUCGAUUCUUUUGAAAGCUUCCCGCACAGUCAUCUCACACCUUCUUCACUCACUUGUGAUCAUCAAGCAUCUACCUUCAGCCCACAGCCAUCUGGGCCUCCAAAGAGUCUCCUGCCAACUGGUUAUCCAGAGUGACCCUUGACUCCUUUUCCUGGCCAUGACAGGCAUUUCUCGCUUUGCUUCCGAAAAGCAACGCUGGAGUUUGGGUUCCCUUCCUUAUGGACGUACCCCCUUCCAUGUACCUAAACAAUAACAGAGCCACACAACGGGGCCAUUUUGGGUAGCUGAAGUAACAAUAAUUCAUUAAUAUGUAUGAUGUGCCCUUUGAGAAAAGGGAAUGUGUCUAAGGUAAGGGCGGGUGCACCACCUUUUAGCAAUGAUGUAAAAGGGACACCCGUUCAGGAAGGAUUGCACUAGAGGGCUGCUGAGGUACCUCUAAAAUCCUAUAAUUCCAUGAGUUCAUGGGCAGUUUACAAGGAGCCAUGUUGAUCGUGGCUGUGAAUUGGAAUGAAAAGAUAGGUGGGGUUCUGCCACUCCAAUGGCCAGAAGAACUCAAAGACUUUUAAAUAGUUGAGAUGAUAUUAAAUUCUGAUUAUACCAAGAGCUAAAAGCAAAGAAUUUCUCCUACGUGGAAAACCUUCCAGAUGAUCUGGUUACAUCAAGGGUCUUAUCUGUUCUCCUGAGAGCCUGCAUCCCUUGCCUAACUGGUGGCCUUCAGUUCUGGGGAUUCUGUCAAGUUAACAAACACCUAUUAAACACUUCCUGUGUGCCAGACAUGGUGCCAAGUACUGGGAAUACAAACACAAUUAGAAAGACUGUCCCCUCCUGCAAGGAGCUUAUGUUCUCAUGAAGAAGACAGCACUUAAAAGUAUAGAUGCUGAGGAGAGAGGGCUUCCCAGAAUGGAUCUUGGAGAGGCAAGUUCCCUCCCUAGGGUCUUCAUUUUAUUAUAACUGCCUCUACUUUCUCACCUGUCACACAACCAGUCACACACAGCCCCACUGCAUUACCUCCUCUGAGCUGGUGUGAAGUAAACUGUGGAGUCUAGGUGUGAAUGUCACUGCCCCAGUCAGGCUGACUUCAGUCUCCUCCAUCCCACUUUCCAUGGGCUCCAACCUUCAGUCUCCUCCAUCCCACUUUCCAUGGACUCCAAGCUUCAGUCUCCUCCAUCCCACUUUCCAUGGACUCCAAGCUUCAGUCUCCUCCAUGCCACUUUCCAUGGAGUCCAAGCUUCAGUCUCCUCCAUCCCACUUUCCAUGGACUCCAACUUUCAGUCUCCUCCAUCCCACUUUCCAUGGACUCCAAGCUUCAGUCUCCUCCAUCCCACUUUCCAUGGACUCCAAGCUUCAGUCUCCUCCAUCCCACUUUCCAUGGACUCCAACCUUCAAUCUCCUCCAUGCCACUUUCCAUGGAGUCUGACCUUCAGUCUCCUCCAUCCCCUUUCUAUGACUCAGUGGCCCAAUCGUGCUUCUAUGUUUGACAGGACUUUCCUUUUCCACACAUUUGAUUUUGCCUUAUAAGAUCUAUAACAAUUCCCCAAAGUAAGCCCCUUGCUUUCUCCAUAGAAUUGAGAAAUUUGUAAGAACCUCCAGAACCUACACGAUGCCCUAAAAAUGUCUGUCUAUUUUGGUCUGAGCCUGUGAAGUGGGGAUCUCCUGUCCACACAGAUCCACGACUGCCCUUUGGGAUCACAGUUGUAGAGGUGCCUGGGGGUACUGAAGGGUUAAGUGAUUUGGCCCUGCUCAGUGUGGGUCAGAAGCAGGGCUUGAACCCCAGUCUUCCUGGCUUUUAGGCCAGGUCUUCAUCCAGUCAGCCACAUUUCCUCUCUCCCUGCACGUAGCAGGUGGUUCAUAAAUAUUUGGAAGCUCUGACACUUUCUUAGCUGUGUGGCCCUGGGCAAGUCACUUUGUACCAAAAACGAUCAGCCAGCAAGACCAUUUCCAAUAGGGGUGAGGAAGGGGAUCAGAAGAGGCUUCAUGAAGGAAGUGUACUUAAGUUGGACUUUGAAGGAUGAGUGGGAUUUCAACAGGUGAAGACUGGGUGUGUGCACAGUGUCUAGAUGGGGAGGUGUCCUGCCCAUUCCAGGUUUUAGCAGAAAAAAAGGGCAUGACUUUGAGCCCCCUGGAAUUAUCACACCUACAAGGGACCCUACCUGAAAUCAUUCCCUUCCCAUGUAAUUGAGUCUUUCUUAGACACAAGGGUUUUUAACCUGAAGUCUAUGAACUUAGAUGGGAAAAAAAUUAUGAUAAAUUAUGAAUAUGAGUGGCCAAUAUUAUCCUGAGAAGGUGUCCCUAGGCUUCACCACACCGAGAAAGGGGUCCAGGACAUGAAAAAGGGUAAGAAGCCCUGCUUUAAAGGCAGAAAAAGUCAAAAAAGGACCUCAAGAAUUGGUGAUUUGGGUUUUCCCCCUGCCUUCUUUUAGUAUCAUCAUCCUUCAUCCCCUCUCUCCUACACCUGGAGGGAGAUGAGCCUAGAUGAGAAAACCAGAAAAGCAAGAAACUGACCCAGUCUCAAGCCCCCACCCCAGGAAACUGGUAUUCAGAGGUGACAGAUGUCAUGGAAAGACCCCUGCACUUGGAGGCCUGUCUUCGCCAUUGUCUUUGUGUCCUACCAGAGUCACUAGCCUUCCCAAACCUCAGUUUCCUCGUCUGUAAAACAAGGGGGUUGGAUGAGAUGCAGACUUUCAGGAGGGCAGAUGGACAACAGUUGGCAUGAGGGGGUCUGGAGCUCUUCGUGUUCCUUCCGGCCCCCAAAGUCCCUACACUUCAGUCUCUUACUGAAAGGUAGAGAACUGGUCCGUGAAAGAGGCAAAAGAGAAACUUGGACCACAGCCUUGGGAAGCAUUAAGGAUAGAGGAUGCCCCCAGCUGUCUGGUGGGCUAACUGUGGUGCUCUGAGGACUGAUGGAUCUUUCCCUUCACAGUCUUUCUGCCUGUGUUUUAUCUGGAGAUCAAGUGUUUUCCAUAUUAAUGGAAAUUGUUCUCUAACCUCCCCCCCCCCACUACCACACACACACUCACACCACAACCCUUUAAAUGCAUAGAAUUCAGUGAGGAUUGUGGAAAGCAGAAGAGGAUUAUAAAGGAAGAGAACUGGCUAUGGGACCAUGUAUUCUAAUCGUUAGCAUGGAAUAGAAUUUCUGACAUCAAGUGUCUGCGACAUUGGCAAAAAAAGGGGCAACCCCCAACAAUCUCCCCACUUCACAAGCUACCAACAUGGUCUACCAUGUCUAGAACAUUUCAAUAACCAGGCCCUCCCACACUGUACCAUUUGAGAACUUACAAGGCUUGGCAGUCCAUUCCUAAGCUGUCUGGUCAUACUGUUCUAAUUGGCAUUGGCCAUGACAGAUGUAAUUUCCACUUUGUGAAAGCUGGGUGAAGCACGUGUGAGCUCCAGCCAGCAGAAGAACGAAGAGUGCUUUUCCUUUGCUAUGGUGUGAUAAGCAUGGAGUUCUAAUGCCCAGACCGUUCUAUCAGGCAACCCUAAUUUUCAAGGUCCUGCCCUGUGAGGGUUGAUUGAAGGAACUAGGAAAGCUUGGGGAAGAGGUUUGGUGGGGGGAGGGGAGGCAUGGUAGGUGUGUGAAAGAUGCCUUUCUUCAAGAGUUUAAAUGGCUGUCAUAGACAAGAACAAGUAGAUUUUUGCUCCUUCAUUCCAGAGGGAAGAAACAGAACCAUGGAUGCAAGUUGUAAAAAGGGUUUUGGGCUUGAUUGAAGAAGACUUUCUGAAAAUUAAAGUAAUCACCAAAUGAAGUCUUUGGGUGGUUGUGGGAUCUCCCUCAUUGGGUAUCAUCAAGCCUUGCUUGGGUGACCAUUUAUCACACACACACACUUGUGUUGUAGUGGGGAAUCUUUUGGGGAUAGGGGUUGAAUUAGAGAACUGGGGACAUCCCUCCCAGGUCUGAGAUUCUGUGUGACCAUUGGGCUGCUUCCGUAAACCCAUACUUAGGAAAGAUGCUUUGAGAAGGCUGGAAAUUUUUUGCUGAGAUUUGCCGUUAUUUAUUUAUUUUUAAAUUAAACCUGGAAUUGAUUUUCUGAAGCAUUCUAUGUCUUUGGUUGACUGGUAGCUUUCCUUUAGAGAAAUGACACUUUCCUGAGCUUUGUUACUCCCCCUUUCCCAGGGUCUCUUCACUGGAAGGCAUCUACUCACCGUGGAUAUCCCUGUGAAGCUCUCUGUCUCUGUCUCUUUCUCUGUGUAUCUUUGUCUCUCUCUGUCUCUCUCUUUCUCUCUUUUUUU